AUGUUGAACGUCCGCAUUUCCUCGCUGCCAUCUGACCGCCAAACAGCGGACAAAGACUGCCGGCAGUGCAACAAGCGACGCAUAAAGUGUGACCGGAGCACACCGGGGUGCCGGAAAUGCUCUGUCCGAGGGCUUCGAUGUCCUGGAUACGACUCUUUUCAAUUGAAAUGGAGCCAGGGAGUGGCCAGUAGAGGGCAUUUGGCUGGGAAGAGAUACCCUAUGCGGGCUCUACCCCAAUCAAGCAGCCCGGUGGGAUCCACUAGCCAGCGUGCAGUUUCACAGAGCGGAGUUUAUUUCAACGGCCUGGGCCAUGGUCCAUCUUCCCUGACAAAAUAUGGCGUUUGGGCUCAGGAAGAUGCCGGUCUCUUAUCCCAUCCCGCUGUGGACCGCCGUCUCGUGGAGGUCUAUACCUCGGUGACUGUUUCUGACGAUCUUUUCACACAUUUCGACAUCAGCGUUGCGCCUCGAUUAACCUGGGUCGACGGGCCCGAUCACCCAUGGCGGAGCUUGAUGUUCCCACUUGCACAGCGGUGUUCCUGUCUCCGUCUAUCAAUUCUCAGUGUUGCCGCAGCGCAUUUAUCAUUUACAUCUCCUAAGAAUCAACCCCAGUCAAUGGAAAUACAGGCAAUGAACCAUCGCCUUCGAGAUGCCAGUCUUCGAACCCUCAACGACAUGAUUCGUGUUGAGCUGGAUAACAAUGAUUCUUCAAAUUCCUAUCACGAAGCUUCAUCUCUGAUUGGGAUCUUGGCAACCACUCUGGUGCUAUGCUAUGGAGAGAUGCUGGUCCCCAAUUCGACAGACUGGAACCUGCAUCUUCGUGCUUGUCGAGCUCUGAUUGAGAGACACCAAUGGCGGGACUGGCACACCGAGCCAAAAGAUGCUGCCACAAGAUUUUUGAUCAACGAGGUCUCUGAUAUCGAAGUUUUCCGCACAUUCGGGGCAUUUACAAAAGAAGAUCCUUUGGUAUCUCUCCCUUCAAGGGCUAUAAUGGACUCCCAUUUCGGUGCUUUUACGGGGCUUCUCUGGGAAAUUACCGUCGAAGAAAGACGUCGAUAUGGUCUGUCUCAAAACGGCCAAGAUUUACCACCUAUCAACAUGUACACCUGGCGAGCCAAGGUAGAACACGCUUAUACGCGGGCAUCGACCGACACAGCCUGGCUAUCAACAAUACACGGAACCGACACCCAGCAAUGGAUGGACGCGAUCGUUCGCGCAGUCUAUCAUGCCACUCUUAUCUACGCUUACCAAGCCCUCGCUCCCACCUCAGCAACAGAAGCAAUUAGCUCGUCAAUGAAGCAUCUCAUCCAAGAAAUCGAUUUUGUAACGGCCGGUUCAAUCCACAUCCUAUCCCACGACAUCUUCCUCCCACUCUUCAUAGCCGGGACAGAAUGUUGGGCUGACACGACAAGACAAAUCUCAAUCGAAAAGCUCUACCUUGACCUAGUUUCCACAACCGGACUCUGGUGCAACUCGACCGCGAUACACUUCCUAAAGGCAUUUUGGAAGAGGACCGAAUAUCAUGGCGUCGGGAAAUGGAUCGCAUUCGCCCGAGAACACGAACGACACAAUGGCCCCUUCUUGAUCUUUUAG